AUGAGUCUUCUCAAAGAGGCAGUGACAUUCAAGGACGUGGCCGUGGUCUUCACGGAGGAGGAGCUGGGGCUGCUGGACCCCGCUCAGAGGGAGCUGUACCGAGACGUGAUGCUGGAGAACUUCGGGAAUCUGGUCUCUGUGGGGCAUCAGCCGUUCAAACGAGAUAUGGUCCACUUGGUAAGGGAAGGAAAGUUUUGGAUGAUGAAGCUAGUAGCCCAAAGAAAAGGCAGCUCAGGAGACAAAGUCCAACAAAAGAUGGAGACAAUUCCUAAAGCAAAACGACAUGAAGAACUUUCCUGCCAGCAAAUCUGGCAACAUAUUGCAAAUGACUUAACCUGGUGUCAAGACUCCCUGGUCAAGAGUUCUCAAUUCCACACACUGUGGGAUUCACUCAGCCAGGUUGGGCCGGCACUGUCUAUAACCCACACAGGACAGAAAACUUCACUGGGGAAAGAGUGUAAAAAAUUCUUCAGUGAUACCUCCCACUGUGAUCUUCAACAGAUAAAACCAGGAGAGAAGUCUCACACAUGUCACGAGUGUGGGAAAUGCUUCUUUUAUAGCUCGGCACUUCGUAUUCAUCAGAGAGUUCACCUGGGAGAGAAGUGCUAUAGGUGUGAUGAGUGCGGGAUGGAAUUCAGUCAGAGCUCACAUCUGCAAACUCAUCAGAAAAUCCACGCUUUAGGGAAGCUAUUCAAAUGUGAGGAAUGUGGGAAAGGCUUCAGUUGUAGAUCCGAACUUAGUAAUCAUCGCAGGUUACACUCGGGGGAGAAACUUUAUAAGUGUGGGGGAUGUGGAAAGGCCUUUGUUAAUGCUUGCCAUCUUCAAGACCAUCAGAGGGUCCACACCGGGGAGAAGCCAUUCAAGUGUGAUAUCUGUGGUAAGAACUUCCGUCGUCGAUCGGCACUUAAUAGUCAUUGCGUGGUCCACACGGGAGAGAAACCGUACUAAUGUGAGGAGUGUGGGAAGUCCUACACUUGGCGCUCACGUCUGCGUAUCCAUAAGAAAGUCCACAUGGGACAGAAACCAUUCAAGUGUGAGGAAUGUGGAAAGAGCUUCUUUUCAAGGACACAUCUUUAUUACCAUCGGAGGUUCCACACAGAGGAGAAACCCUAUUAUUGUAAGGAAUGUGGGAAGAAGAGCUUCAGAUGAGUCUCCUCUCUUUUGACACACCAGCAAGUCCACAGUGGAGAAAAACCAUUCAAAUGUGAAGUAUGUGGGAAGGGAUUUGGUCAGAAAUCGUGCCUGCAGGCUCAUCAGAAAGUCCACACCAGCGAAAAGCCAUACAAAUGUGAGGAAUGUGGGAAGGGUUACAGGACGAGCUUGGAUCUAGAUGUGCACCAGAGUGUCCAUGUGGGAGAGAACCCGUACACCUGUAGGGCAUGUGGUAAGCACUUCACUAGGACCUCAAAUCUUAAAGUUCAUUAGAGAGUCCACACCGGAGAGAAACCGUACAAAUGUAACGUGUGUAGUAAGGUCUUCAGUCAGUCUGGUCAUCUAAAAUCUCAUCAGAGAGUUCACACAGGGGAGAAACCUUACAAGUGUGAGACCUGUGGUAAGCAGUCCAGUUCAAGUUUGUAUGUUAAAAUUCAUCACAGAAUCCACGCUGGGGAUAAAUCUCAUUCAGUCUCACAGAAGGGAAAACAUUUGUUUCAUUAA